AGGAGGAGGAGGCGCGCUGCGUGCGACCGAAGCUUCUCUCCGUGCGCGACCGCAGGAGCUCAGCGCUGCACGAAGCAUGGAUGUCCCUGCCAAGCCUGGGCUUCUCCCGCCAUUGUAGCGACCGAGGAUUGCUCCCUUUUUCACCCACCGUUGUUGUCUCCCGGCUACUCCGCGCCCGUAUAUCCUGCUAGAGCGCCGGCGGCCGGACGCGCAUCUUUUGCAUGCGGCGCCCCUCCCAGCCGUGCGCUCCGGUAACAAGACGGCGUCGCAGUUUCUCUGCUCCCGGAGACCUCAGCCUCCGCUCCCCUCGUUUUCCCUCCGACAGGUUGCAUGCUGAAACCUGUUAGCCAGCUUUCUUGGCAGAAGACGUUCGCUUUCCUACAUGCCUAUCUGUGUCAUUUUUGGGUGCCUGCUCAUCAAAAUCCAGGCGAGGAUCGUCGUGCAUGGUCUCAAAAUCUGAAUACCCUGGUCUCCUGCAUUUUUUUUUCCAUCUGAUUAUUAAAAUUUUCCAGAAUGCGCCUGCAGUAAGAAACCCGGGAAUUGAAAAAGCCGGGCUCUUUUUUUACACCUAUCAGUCUCAAGGAUCCGGCGUUUUGGGGUGUUGCUUUUGGACGUUUUUGCAUCUCGGGGACCGACAUCACCGAGUGCGGCAUCAGGGGCAGAAGACGGCGUGAUAACGGCCAUUCGUCUCUCUUUAUUAUAAGACCCUGCAGCCCCCGCCCUGACGGGUACCGAUUUCCGCAGUUUCAUGUUUCGCCAGGAAAUCAGUGUAUUAUCUUUCAUUCCGUCGUGUUCAUACCUUUUCCAAUACGAGAAGAGGAACAUGUCCCGGUAUAACAUCUACAGCCUGCUGGACUGGGUCUACGGUGGCGUGGACCCCAAAUUCGAGGGCAAUGGGGGCCCCGAGUGCGCAGCAUUUUUGAGCACGCACCAGCGCCUGGUGGAGAGCCUGCUGAUAGUCAUCAUCUCCAUCCUGGAGGUCGCCUUGGCGCUGCGCAAGAUCAACGUGCCCAGGGAGCUGAGGGAGGUGGCCCGGGACCCGGGCAGGUCCAAUGGGGACAGCCUGGGCAAGAACCUGUUGCUGGUGGCGCUAUGCAUGACCUUCGGGGUGGAGGUGGGCUUCAAGUUCGCCACCAAGACCGUGAUCUAUCUGCUGAACCCCUGUCACGUGAUCACCAUGAUCCAGAUCUUCCUCCUGGCCUGUCCUCCUUGCAAGACCGCCAUGGUUAUCUUCAGGCUUCAAGUUCACAUGCUCAACGGUGCCCUCCUGGCUCUCCUGUUCCCCGUCGUCAACACGAGGCUGCUCCCCUUUGAAAAGGAGGUCUAUUACAUUCAGCACUCCAUGCUCUACCUGGUUCCGAUCUACCUUUUUAGAAAAGGAGGCAUCUACAAGCCCGAGCCCCUAGUCAACAUGUGGUGGGCCCUGCUGUCCACUGGCAUCCUCUUCCUGUACCACUUCGUCUUCCUGCAGGGACUGGGCCUGAUGACCGAGGUCAACCUGAACAACAUGCUGUGUCCUGCUGUGUCGGACCCCUUCUACGGGCCCUGGUACCGGGUGUGGGCCACGGGCCACCAGACCGCACUGACGCUGGUGCACGGCAAGGCGCUGACCUUGCUCUGCCACAGCGGCGGCCCCGCCUUCCGGCAGCUGCUGGAUGCCGUCAGGCUGCGCGGCAAGAAGAUCGACUGAGCGGCAGCUGGCCCCGUUCGAGACGCCGCUCUGCCCGUCCCGCUGCCGCCAUCGUCCGCUCGUACCGCGUUCGCCAGCCCGCAGUGUCGUUCCUGUCGUGAUGUUCCGGUCGUUUCGAGGUCCACAUCUCCAACGCGCCUUUUUAGAGCCCUGACUGAUGUCCGAGACACUGGGAUGAUGCUUAAAGGGCCGAGGCAGGGCGUCCAUAGUGCCCUGCGAUUCUUUUUUUUAUUUUUAGAUUUUUAAUGUAUGUCAAGAGGCCUUCUGCUAGCUUAGCUGAGACCGUAUGGGGUUGACCCCCCCCGUAAAGGCUGUACAAGUGUGCUUUGUAUUUGCUUUUUAUCUGUGCCCUCAGUGUUAAAGCCAAUGUAGUGAACUGUAGCCAUGCGAUAAUGAGACUCAGUAACGGACCACAACGUGGCUCCAGCCAGGUGGGGGCGAUAUUUCGCCUGAAUGGACAAUCCAGUCCUCCAGAGACUCACUGGAAAUGGCACACUGGUGCAUAAGGGAGAUGGAUGGUGGAUGGUCAUCGUGCCAGGGAACAGGACAGGGAAUUCCAUCCCCACCAUACCAAUAUGAAAAAUAUGGAAAAAGGUGUAACUUUUAUAAUGUACUGUGCCGAUUUAAAACUAGUGUUUUCAUCUGUUUUUGUCAUACAUUUGCAGUGUUGUUCAUUAGUACCUCGCAACAAAACUAUUUUCAAUAAACAGCUGUACAUCUCCAGA